AUGGAAACUACUUCCAGUGCUGGUAGUGAUGAUUCUCAUCGAGUAUGUGUCAUUCAUUUCGAGGGUAAAGACGGAGAGCUUAGAGAAUUACAAGUGAAACCGUGAAUAGAAUUUUGGAAAGAAGAAAGGAGUGGUUAAGUCUGCCAUCCUCGUAUAAAGCCUUUACUGAAGUCGCCAAAAAGUCGUUCGAGUUUAUUCAUGAAACUGACGAUUUAAACCCGGAAAAUAUUGCGAAAACAUGUUGCUUUCAUCCUGCCUGUUAUCGAAGUUUUACAGACAAAAGUAAACUUGAUAGAGCCAAAACUACGUUGACUAAUGCUGCCGAUCGCAAGCGAGUGGCCGACGACAAUACUCAGACCAACUGUCCAAGACCAGAAAAAGUGACCCGAACUACUCGACAAUCUUUUCCUGCUCGAUCAUCAAAUGUUUUGCCCGAGAUUUGUCUAAUAUGUAAACGGCAUGGGCCGAUCUACAUCACAGACAAGGUAUAUAAAGUUUUGCUUUAUCUUUUUAUGUGUUUUUGUAAUAUUAAUUUAUUUACUCCAAAGUAUUUUAAUGUCUCUAUAAAAACAUAGUACAGCAUGGUUAUCAGGCACGGCCACAGGAUUUGAGGGGCUGACCUGAACUUGCCCUAACCCCUAAUUUUUUUUCCGACACCAUAUACUUUUUGUAUAUAGAUCUCAUACUGGGGGGUUGUAUCGAGUUUCUGUUAUUUUCUCAUAUCCCCGUAAUUCUCAUCAGAAACAAAUACUCAUAUUUGCAGGCAACGAAAAAACGUGUUAAACACGAGUUAUCAUUGGCUCAAACCGUGACGGCCUGA